GCCGUUUCCGCCCACCGCGAGGGAGAAAAAAAUGACUGCUGGUUCAGUGUGUGUUCCUCAGAUCAUACCACUACGCGUGCCUCAAUCUGGAAAAGCCAAAUAUGAAAUAGACAACAAUACACUUUUGGAAAUGAGAUCAGAUACCCCAGAUGUCAAUAUAUAUUAUACCCUGGAUGGCAGCAAACCAAAAUUUCUAAAGAGAAUUGGUUAUGGUGAAAAUAAUACAUUUCGGUACACAAAACCUAUUACUCUGCCUGAUGGAAAAAUACAAGUUAAAGCUAUGGCAGUCUCUAAAGACUGUAGACAGAGUGGUAUUGUAACGAAGGUGUUUCAGGUAGACUAUGAAGAACCAAAUACUAUCUCCUCUGAAGAUGCUGCUGAAAAUGUUCUCAAAAGUUUUUCAAAGCAGGGGUUGAAAAAUGGGCUUGUUGGAUCAAAACUAAAAAAGAAAGGUGAAAGAACUGAUCCUAAAAGUUCGAAAGAUCUUGGCUUCUCUGAGAGUCCACUGGAAAUCCUAGCCUUCCAUGAAGAAUCAGAAUUGGGUCCUAGACCACCUACCCACCAGUCUCAGUUCUCUAAAUUUGCACACAUAACUGGCCAAAAGAGUUUGACAAGCACGGAGAUUAUGAAAAUUCAGAGAGAGACAGAUUUUCUCAAAUGUGCUCACUGCUUGGCCCCUCGCCCAUCUGACCCCUUUGCUCGCUUCUGUCAAGAAUGUGGCGCUCCUGUCCUGCCCAUAUUCGGCUGUCGUCUCCCACCUCCUGAAGGAGCUCAGAUGGGAUUAUGUGUAGCAUGUGGAAGCAUGGUGCCCAUGAACACACCCAUCUGUGUGGUGUGUGAUGCUUCUCUUACCCUGCAGUUGCAGCCACAGGCCAGCCUCAAUUUGAAGGAGAAGGUAAUCUGCCCUACCUGUGGUACAGGGAACCCUGGUCACCUGAGUUACUGUGUGACCUGUGAUGGGGGCCUGCCUUCAUCACAAAAGUUGGCGUGCAGUGGAGGUAAGCCCCCUCUACCAUUUACGCAGAAAGCACAGAACUUUUCGUGUUCCAAAUGUGGAAGGCCAAACCACCAGGAGGCUUACUUCUGCAGCUGGUGUGAAUCCAAGCCUGGCAUUUCUGCUUGCUGCUCUAUUUGCCCUAAAUGUGGAGCUAGUAAUUCUCCAUCUGCUCGAUUUUGUGGCUCCUGUGGUAUUUAUGUGGAGUCCUUGGGAAGACUAAGCUUGGAAAACAGCCUGGCUUCAACUACUGGAGGACCCUGCCCUUUCUCUAAGCCUCGAUCGGCCUGGCAAUCCGUAAAUGUUCUUUUGCAAAGAUCUGACACUGGGACUCAAAAGGAUGUCGGUACACAGACUGUUGGCCUAUUCUACCCAUCCAGCAAGCUCCUGGCAAAUAAGGAACUGGAACUGAUGUCUCACAAAGAAAGGCAGGAGAAGAUGAGGGACCAUAAACCGCUCCUCACAGCCAUCAGCCCGGGAAGAGGGUACUGGAGAAAACAAUUGGAUCACAUCUCUGCUCACCUCAGAUCCUAUACUCAGAACAACCCUGAAUUCCGGACCUUAAUUGCAGAACCCAGGAUGGGGAAGAACCUUUACUUCAACAAAUCAGUGGAUUUCAGUGACUGCUUUUUGAACAGUGUCACCAGGGAUGGUAACGAACUGUUUGGCAGCAAGUCCAGCUUGGUAAGUGAUUGCAGCCAGAGUGCCUCCGAUGCCACUGAAAAAGCCAGGAAGACAAGGAACCUCAAGGCCAAAAAAUGUCAGGAGGAGAAACAGCAGCUUACGCCGGAGAACAGAUUCUUGCUGAAGGAAGUCGGGCCUGCAGGGAAAGGAAGAGUCUCUGUAAUUGAAGAGCUGCUUGAUGAAGGGGCAGAUCCCAACUGCAGUGAUCACGAAGACCGGCCUCUGCUCACCGUGGCUGUUAUGAACAAGCACCAUGAAGCAAUUCCGGUUCUUGUGCAGAGAGGAGCACAUGUCGACCAGCAGUCAGGACUGCUCAGAAAUACAGCUCUUCAUGAAGCUGUUCUGCUUGGCCUGGAAGGAAGGAAGUGCGUUGGUGCUUUGCUGGGAUGUAAUGCAAGCAUCCAAAAGAAAAACAUGAAAGGCCAGACAGCGUAUGACCUUGCUCUGGAAAUGGGGGAUGACCUUAUCACCUCACUCUUUGCUGCUAAGCUUGGCCAAGAUCUCUUGGACCUACUCACCUAACCUGAGUCUCAGCCUGGAUGAUUGCUGGAGAAGUCAUCCAGCUCUGUCUUUCUCUUGGGCCUUUCUUAAAUGUGUAUGAAAUGUGUGUUUGAG